AGUCAGCUACUCGCCGCCGGCAGAGACGCGAGACGCGCACGACUGUCGCGCUUGUGACGUCAACUUAACGCGAAAAAUCAAUGGAUACACUCUACACUUUAAGGUUUUAUGAUUUAACAAUUCGACAAUAUGGAUUUUCAAUGAUACAGGCAACAGUUAUGUGAAAAUCGAUUAAUAUAUCUGAGAUAUCCUGGUUUAAAGAAAAAGACAUAACUUUGGUUAUUCUUUCAAAUCUCACGUAAAAGAUAGUGCUAAUUCACUACCAGCUAAAUGUAGCUGAUGACGAAAACUACUUAAAUGCUUAAGUAGCGCACAGAGACAUUAAAAUAACAGUGAUGUGACAACGAAGUGUGAAUGGACUAAAAGGUGAAGUUCCUAAUAGUGCUAAGUUGUGAGUGACAAAUAUGGAGAAAUAAAAUGCCUUGAUUGAAUAUUAAUGAAGAAGAAGAUGGGGGCACACGGGUCAAAAGAGAAGCUCUAUAGAAGUAAUUCAGAAAAAUAUCCGUCCAAACUACCGGUACCUAGCGACAAAAAAUAUAAAAUAGCGGUAAACCGUGAAAGAUUCGGAUCUUUCGGCGCAAGAGGGAACGGCAAGAAGCGGGAGAGUGCCCCGACGCCGACCACCCCAGCUCGCCCGCCGGCACCCCCACAACCCCCACCAGCACAACCUAAGAAAAAUGGUGUGGUGCAGAAGUUAUCAGCAUCGCCGGUGUCAGUGCGCGGGCGCACGUCCCUGGCUCCGCCCCCCUCGCCUCGGAAGCCUCCUCCCCACAGGGUGCCAGCGCAGAGGCCUACAACCUUGCCUACUAAUAAAGAACCGCCGCGUGCGGCUGCAGCGGUUGUGCCGCGAGGCAAACGCGUUCAGGCAUCCCCGCAAGCUGCACGUACCCCUACUGCACCCGCUGCACCUGUCCCACUACCACGAGGCCAAGCUGAUGCUCUUUCGCACGCGGCCAAAGGAGUUGAAGCUCUCGGUGUUUUAGUGCAAUACCUGGUGUUCCGAUUGGAUGCCCUCAACGGUGGUUCAUGGCGGUUGGAGGCAGAGAGAUGGCGUGGUGUGGCAGCGGCAGAGCGAAGCAGCGCCGAGCGAGCGGACCGCGACCGCCAGCAAAGGGCUCAGAAGGAUCUUGAUACAAUUGCUGAAUGCCUAAGCAAGAUCUCUGAGUUGGAAAUAGAGGUGACUUCUAAGGAAGAGGCCAAUGCGCGUCUGCAGGCUACACACAUGGAGUCCGUCGCAGCUCUAGCGAGCGAUAUAAAGGGCCUAAAGGACACCAUAGAGUCGCUUAAACAUGAAGUCGCCGAGAGUAGAGCACGUUUACAUGCACACAGCGAAAUCGAGCGUACAUUACGCGCACAGUUAGAAGCGGCACGGGCGGAAUUAGAAAAGUCGCACACGCUUACAGAAGCACUGUGCGAUAAAAAAUACGACUUGUCACAUGAUAAGUCCCGUGACAAAUCGUGGAACAUGUGUGACGCCGCUUGUGAUCCUGUUCAUUGCGAUGCGGAAGAUUGCGAACUCCGGUUAGCGGCCAAUGAAGAGCUGAGCACUGACGCCAACGAGUUGGCAGCAGAGGUGCGAUCUCUUAGGGCGGUGAUCGAGUUGAAACAAGCAGAAAUGGUCACAUUACGGGACGCCCGUUCCGAAUUAGCUGUGGAAAGAGAAAGGCGUGCUGCCGCUGAACGUGACGCACUCGCCGCGAGACACGUCGCGGAAGAACUGAGGGAAAGGGCUGCGGCGAGACAACGUGACGUGGACAGACUGCGCGAUGACAACAGACGGUUAAGAGAAACUGCCGCUAGGGACAGAGACCAUGCCACCAGAUUGGCCGCUCUCAACGAAGAGCUGAGGUACAAACUUCGGCAGAAGUCUCAAGUUGUAUCACUGUUGGCGGGUGGUGGUUAUAUAGAGCGGACGCCGAUACGUACGCGCACGUCUUCAGGCGACUCGGUGCGGUCCACGUCUCCCGCCCCCGACUCGCCCCCCUCCCCCGCCGCGUCUCCGGCCCCGGACACGCCCCCCUUGCCAGCUGUAAAAGGCGUUGUUGAGAAGCACGAUUCUGUCAGUUGGGUGCUGGAGAUAGAAGAGACACCAGAAGAAGUCGCUUCUAGAUUGGCGCGACGUUCUUCGUUUCGCGCGGGAACCACCUGCGCGAGUGCGGGCGGAGUGAAACGGCGCGGUGGCGGAUCCCCCGGCGGGUCCCCCGCGCCCGCGUCCCCCGCCCCCAACGCCUCCAAGUUGUUCCGAGGCGACCUCGAUUUCCCUCCGCCCCCGCCCCCUCUUAAGGAAUCCGCAGGCGAGGCCAUAUACAUAUACGACGAUCGCCAGUACUGAAGACGAAUGAGAGAAACGAUGGAUGAAUUUACGCCGUCGUCUACGCUGAGACGCACGUGGUACCAUAGAAUGUCACACGCUCAUAAAUGAUAUGUUCCACAACUUUACUCCACGUUUUAAUAUAAUGUCGUUGAUUAUAAAUUUCUGGUUGAAAAAUGUGGACCCUACGGAAUUGUAAUCGUGUUCUAUAUACGUGGAGAGAUGAGCGAUUAAUACGCUCUUGUUUCGUAUAAAGGUUGUGUAGGAGCGAUUCGUCUACGAUGGCACGUCACGUCAUCAUCGCAGACGGCCUCAACUGUGUCGUGAUCUAGUCUCGGAUUAUCACACCCCGAGGUCGAAGCGAACGGCCGGAUAUGAUGUUCUUGCCGGAUUAGCUUUCGAAUAUUACAGUCAUAGUUUUAAUGAAAACGUGGGACCCGACCGGAAUGUUUACUUAGUCGUAAUAUAGACUUACGGAAUGGACGCAUCGUCAACGCUCUGGUGAAUAGAAUGUACUCAUCAGAAUCUGUUAUUGUAUACUUGAAUUCUCAACUGUGAAAAUCACGCACGCACUGAUUAUGUACUAAUUAAUAUAAAAUAUAUGAGCUGGGAAAUUGAAACAGAUAAAUAUGCGAGCUUGCUCCUUCUUGACAGUCUUAGCUUAGAAGUGACUUACGCUCCUAAUGAUAUUACUGAACACAUUUUAAAUACCAUGUAGAUAUUAAAUAUAGUCGGUAGGAGUUACUCACUUAACUUAUUCAAAUUUUUAUCGACUUUACGUUUCUGAUAACUAAUUAAUUAGCUUUUUAGUGGAUGAAGUGAUUUCAAUAAGGUAAGGUAGUAGCUCCGAUCUCACAUAUAAUGUAAGUAUCAGCUUUUCCCAAAUUUCAGGCCUCGAAAGUUUGUGAAGUGAAUUAGGCUAUGUUUUGAAGGAAAGUGUUUAUGUACCUGUAAUUGCGCCAGUGAAUAAAAGUAAAACUAUCUAGCCUUGUAGUUUAGUUGAAGCGAACCUUAUAUUCAUGAUACGUAUUCGCGCAUCAAUUGUGAAUAUUGAUUGUCAUGUAAUAAGCAGUAUCAUAAUACUAUUGAGCUUCGCCGAUGCCUUUAUUGCAAGCAAUGUGUACUUUACUUAACUUGUACUCUCUUAAGUACAAUAAAUUAUUUAUUCACUUCUCUAUUCUAAUCGUACGAAUGUACUAUAUUAUUAAUCUUAAGUCCUUCUUCUUCUCUUUCUUCUACUUUCGCGUUUUCUUACUUUUAUUUAUUGGUGCAAUGCCCCUUGUUUUCUGAUUGUUUAUAAUUAUUGAAAGU